AAGUGUUUAUGAUAACAGCUUAUAUUGUGCAGCAAAAGUUGUCUGUAAGCUUUUCAACAAAAAAGUAAAAGAUGGAAGAAAGUCAUGAUGUACAAGAACUAUUCUUUACCAACCUACAGCUUCUGGGGUUCAAUGUGGAGAGAAAAGAGGCUGAAGUCAGAAUACCUUUCAAUAAAAACAUGUUUGAUUUACCAAAUCGCAGAGGGGCAGAGGAGGUGUUGUACUUCUUAUUCAGUCGACUGAAUCCUGUCAUGUGUAAAGAAGAAUUUAGAGGCUGUUGGCCAAUAACAGAUAAACAACAAGAGCAGAUGUUUAGAAGAGGCUGUAACAACUGGUUGAGCAACAUUAACAAAGAGGAGCCAGAGGCCAUGUUACCUAGGAUUUCUCCCUCCUUGUUUCUGACACCAGGUGGAGUUAAAUUCUAUCAUCUCAUCUAUCGCUUCUCACGAUAUGUCAUCGUACAGGUCAACGAAAAGGAGAAUGGAGCAAAAGACAAGGAAAAACACAGGUAUCCAACUCUAACCCAGAAGAACAAAGAGCUUGCAAACAAUAUGGCAGACACCUUGAUUAGCUGCGUCAUCAGGAAAAGGAACACUUUCCUAAACACAGCACAAGAAAUAGUCUCCCUUAACAGACAAUGGAAAGAGCAGUCCAAUGACAUGGUGAAGGAAUAUAGAAAGCUGAACAAAGAAAUACGAGACACAGAAUUAAAGAUCCGAGACGAGAUUCACAAGUCAUCACAGAUGAGUGCUGCUAGGGGUAGCCCUCUUGCCAAGAAACAAAGAUCAAAAUCAUAUGAGCCAGACUUUGAUCCCAAAUCAACAAAGAGGUCACAGAAGGUCAAUGAGGUGAGAGGACUGUGGAAACAGUUGGAUGGAUUUCUUGUCAGUGAGGCCUCGGAGAGGGAGGUGAUAGAGUCAGUAGUGGACACCUCCCUAACUAAAUACAGGAUAGACUCUGCCAACAUCUCCAUCAAAGUCCCAGAUCUAUUGCUUCGAGAGUGUGAGAAGGAAAUUAGGCGGAGACAUGUAGACAACACCUUUCACCAUGGGAAGUUAAACCUGAUCAGUCUUCUACAACUGUGGAACCUCUGUCUACAUUUGAUACAAGACCGAUUUCAAGACACUGGUGUACCAGAUUUCACCACAGACAUUGAAAAUAUAACCACACUGGCCCACAAAAAUCACAGCUUACUUGUGGCUAGUCAAGAUCUACAGAGGGAGAUUGAGGGGGUUUUACCAGAACUGAAGCGGUCAGUGGACCAGCUGCGGUCAGAGGUUGAACAGGGACUGACCACGACCCCCACACAACUCAGGACUUCAGCAGUAGGACUAGGACUAAUGGAGCCGACUCCUGAGGUAUCAUUUUCACCUGCCUCAAGUGUACAGGGGAGGCAACCAACAGAAACCUCUGUAACACUCACGCCACAUGAAAAUGCAACCCCUGAAGCAGUAGCCAGAAUCUCUGAGGACAUUUCUGUUAGAGUGAAUCGAAUCAAACUGUUUACUGAUAGCCCCAGGAUUUCUCAGUCUGAAAAGCCUGCUAGCUCUACGAAGGUUCCUAGAAAACUUGCCAUGACCCAAAAAAGUAGCACUACACGACAUUUGGACAGAACAAAACCCAGAGUGGUGGAUGUCAGGGGUCAGUUACAGUCCACUCCUACCAAAGCCAGGAGGGAUCAGCCAGUUAAUGCUCAUAUAGGCUUAAAAGCAUUGGAUUUGAAACAGGAUCUGUCACUGAAUGACAGUGAUAAGCUGUCUGCUGACUUGUCAACUUUAGUGCAGAAAGAACAGUCAACUUUAAAAUUAAAUGUUUCAACAUCAAGAAAUACAAGUACAAAAUCAAUACCCAGGGAAAAUAAUUCUCUGAAUAAUUUUAAUAAUAAUGAGCCAUUCUGUGAUAAAACCCCAACAAAUAACUAUAUACUUGAUGUUAAAGUGGAACAAGGUGGCAGUAUGCACAGGGACAUGAAUAAGUCAGAAACAGAUGUCUUAGUGGAUGAAAUAUUUGGGGAAACUCCAAAAGGUUCCCCAUUCAGUAUCCAGAAGUCUCCAUCAGAUUGCCUGGUUGAGGAAGUCCUUUCCUCAGGUGUACUUAACUCUCCCUUUGUUGACCAAUCACAGGAUACAGAUAGGAAUCAUUUCAAUGAAGGUGAAUUGAAAAGUGAUAUUGGAGAAAAUAAACAGAAGGUUCACAUUGAGAAAUCAAUGGAGGAAUUAGAGAGAGGUCUGAGUGAAAUCAACUGUAGUGGUGACUUCACAAGGACAGACAAGUCAGCCCCUUAUCUACAGCGACCCCAUUCACCAGUAGCUGAAUUCUUAGAUCACUUGGAGUUUGAACCUACUGAAAAAAGUCAAGGGAUUUUAGAAAAACAAGUAGAUGCAUUAUCUGAUCUUGAGAGUUCAAGGUCAUCCCAAGGACUAGAGGCAUCAGACAAAGAAAAUGUUCCGGGCCCAGGCCUGCUAGCCUCCAUCGAUUCAUUACCAGAACACCAGAACUCAGCAGUACCAUCUUUUGAUGAAGAGGUCGAUAUAGACCUGAGACAAGAAGGAAUAUCUGUACAUAUUACCCCCUCAGCAGGAAUCCCCAUUAUCAAAGAUUCUAUAAAUAUCCAGGAAAGUCCCUUGUCAGAAGACAUUAGGAAGAUCUACAGAGAAGCCAUGGGAGGGGAAGAGUUUGGUAAGGAAGGCUCUAAACAAAGUCAAUCUCACCCAGACAUAUUUGAUGAUUUCCUCUGUACAGCAGAUGUGCAUGGGGACUUGGACAGUGUUGAAAUGCCAGUGUUCAGUCUGAAUGACUCUACAGAUGAUAUCAUGGAGCAAGGAAACCAGUCAAAUAGAAGUGUGAACUCAGGGCAGUAUCCAUCAGGAUCUGACAAUGGUCAGAAACUAGUCAAAAAUAUGUCUCCACAUGUGUCAGACUUGAAUGGAAACCCUGUCCACCACCAUCCUUCCAGAGGUGUGGACCGCUUAAUAGUGGAUAGACAGCUUAGUAGGACAUGGGAACAAUUGGAGCUGUCCAUGGAGGUUCUUGAUGACUUGAUGGGGAAAGACCAUCAGUUUUCUCCCUUCCUUCAGUCCCCCAAGGAGGGAUUUUUUGGUCAACACAAGAAGUCACCUUUUUCUGACUCUCCAGUUUGUCCUAAACCUAAAGACAAUUCUUCCGAGGGACUAGAUACUUCUGAUGACUUGGAUGAAUCUUUUGUUCCAUUCAAGGAUGGUUUUAGUCUGGAAGGGGGCACAACUCCAGCUAAAAAGAAUGUGCUGAUAAAUUUAGAUGUUAAUAAGGAUAAUGGUGCAGAACAGAGCAGCACUGAUGAUAUACUAGCUAGAUUAGAAAAACUGAAGCAGAAGAAAUCACAAAUAGUCUCAGAUGGAACGUAAUCAGCAUUAUAAUGUCUAGUUGUUCAUCAUUGUAUUAUUUUUAGACAUUUUUCACAUAUAUCCAAGUGGGAGCUGAGAUAUUGUUGUAUGAACUAUGUCGCUCAAACUUUCAACAGUUUCAUUUUUUACAUAGAAAUAGGUGACUUAUUUGGAGCGUUGCAACAGCAUUUAUUACCCUGAUUAUUUUUGGUGAGUAAAACUUGCAUUUAAUUACUAAAUAUAAAAUGCCUUCUUUGUAUCCAAAACAAAUUUUGUUUCCCUGUGAUAGAUGUUAUUUGAACCGAAUUAAAUGUAGUGUAAUUUUUUUUACAUCCUCAAAUUUUUUAUCUUGUGUUAAAUACUAUAUGCAGGAAAUUUUUGCCAUAUACAUGUAGUUAUUUUCAGCUUUUUAUUAAGGUGAAAAUAGAUAUUCACAAUAUUUGGAUUUGGCUAAAAUUUGUCAAUACAGUCAGUAUAUAUCUAAUAUUAUUUGGGGGGGGGAUGUUUAAAGUAUGAUUUUCAGACACAGCUAGUAAUUUCUUAAAAAAAGCAUUAAAAUAUUUUAUGUUAGGAAAAUUUAAUUUUGAUGUAAUAAUUUUACAUGGAAACUCUUAAGCCAGUGCACUCAUUGUCAAAGUCGUUAUUCUUGUUUUUUUUUUUAACCUUUUUAUGCUUGUCACUUUCUUAGU